AUGUCAAAAUUACCAAGGCUAGCUAGUCCUCCCCUCUUAAACCCGUCUCUUGUGCUAGGACCAUCGCAAAGCCAGCAACCAGCCCUGGUCCAGUCUUCACACCCUUCACAGAUUCCCCUUCCACAACUCCAAGCCCAGCUUAACCAGGUGUGCAACGACCGGGGUAAAGACUACCAUCAAAUCCAUGCGAUCAUCUUUGGCUGGACCAAGGAUAAUACUGGCGCUAGCCUCGACAUGGAUCGUUUGGAGCUAGCUAUGAAAAUCGCCAUGAAUGUCAAAGCAAACAAAUUCCAAAUCCCAGCGGAUAAAUCCUGGCCGACGGAACAGCUGUUCAAUGCACUAGGAGUAGUAUUCAGGGAAUCCAUCAAAACUCCCCACUUGAGGCACCUUCUUGUUCUGGCGUAUAUUGGCCAUGGCUAUAGCGACGCGGCUAAAGGGCUCACCUUCGAAUCCUCCAAAAAGAAGUACAUCCUAUGGUCGUGGAUUAAGUCGACACUAGAAAAUUCAACGCCAAACCUAGACAUAUGUGUUGUCUUAGAUUGUUGUUAUUCUGGCAUGGCUCGGCGUGAGCAAAUGCAACAGACGAUUUCUGUACUGGCCGCUUGUGGCGAGAAAGAGACUGCCCGCGCUCGCUGCUCUAGUCCAAACAGGAUACCAAAGCGGACCUUCACCCAGCGAUUAUCUCAAGAGAUUAUACGCGGUCAGCGAUUCAACAAGGGCAAGUUGGCUCUCACUACUCUCUAUAGCCAGCUGAAAGAAGCCACUUUGAAGACGGAACCGCAACCCCGGCUAAUUUGUCUGGGUGGAACUCACCCAAUUGUACUACCCUUAGUCGAAAUGAAUACGGCCGGCAUGGUAAUUCCAUCAAGCCCCCUUACUGCUACCGCUGGGCAAAAAACGAAUGUAAUCGCCAAGCUGAUUAUCGACGGAAACGAUCGGGAGACGGCAGAGGGGUUCAAGGACAUGUUCGCAAGUUUGCCCCGGAAAUACCAAGUUGAGGUGGUAAAUGCUUAUCAGAAUACGCACUCAAUUUUACUCUUUAUCACCAUGUCGUGGGAGGCCUGGGGCUUACUUUCAAUGAUCCUGGAUUUGAAGCCUGUGGCAGAAGUUAUUGGACCGCCACUUUUGCGGCCUAUUUUGAUGCCGUAUCCGGUACUUCGUGAGCUUCCAGUGGAACCAGUAGGGGAAAAUAUGCCCCCAAAACAGGAGAAGGGUUCAAAGCGGACCUGA